CAGUGCGAGAACUUGUCUAACUCCCCCCUCUCACUACCUUUCAUCUCAGUUUUAUUAUUCUUCAAUUGUGACUAAAAAUGUACCGGGAACCGAAGUUUGGUCAUCGUUAAAUGGUUUUCUAUUGGUAAUUUGUAUUUACAUAUACAAAAAGAGUUCACGAUCAAGGACCAGAAUAUUUACCAACGUUCUUAGCAUUAUUAUUAACUGCGAUCCCUGAAUGACCGCCACCACAACUAUCACCCCAACUAAUACUACUCCUCCUCACUUUCUUGCUCCGUCACUUUACAAGCUACAUUCACUGGCAAACCGCCUCUACUGGAGCCUCCUACAUGCAUAAAUAUAUAUAUAUGUAUGUAUAACUAUAUACAUAUAUAUAUAUUUUUUUAACGGACCUCAAGGGGUUUGUUGGGCCCCUCUCACCCGCAAGCCGUCCCCUCCCUUCAUUCUAUAUUAUCUUCAAAGCCCUUUUUUCCCCCUUUUUACCCCUCAAAACUUCUACACAAGGAAACAAACAGGGAAAGAAAUUAUCCCUUAAAAAAUUCCAAAGGCAGAAUCGUUAAUAAGUGUCUUUCUUAUACAUGCAUUCUACUUCUGGAGUUUUUUAACAUUUGUUUUCCCCACUCCCAUCUCGAAAAACCCCUCGAAUGAGGGAGAAUAAGAAAAAAAAAGACUCAUCAGAAGAGGGACAUAGCAUUUUCCCCCCUUUUCUAGCACUGUAAUUUAAACGUCGUCGUCUCCCCCUACCUUUCUGUGACCAACACCACUUUACUUAUCGUACAGCAAGACCUUCACUCUUAAACGGACGGACACUUGCCAAACUUGUCGCUAACCAACCAACCGACCACCACUCUACAAAACUCUACUCUUACAACUACUCCUACUAACAACAACAACAACAUCCCGCACGACCACCACCACUACAAUCAUCAUUGAAGUCUUUCAGGCCAAAACUCAUCUGUGAUGUCUGCCAGUGUAGAUCAGAGAGCAAAAGGUCAAGCAAAUCAAGUGGCCAAUGGCUCAGCAAAAGAAGUAAAAAACGAGGACUUCGAUCAUUAUUUGCAUCAACCUCAACAAGACUCAGCUUAUCUGCGAAGUUGUCUCCAGUCUAACCAGCAUUCAAAUGGGCCAAAUUUGGCUGUGAUCAACCCAGUGGCACUUGUUCAAACCAGCCAUAGCCAGGGAGGAUAUGGAACAGGUCCCAUGUCAAGUCCAGGAGUCUCGGAUCAAUUUCUACCAAGCUACUACAACCAACCAAUCUCCUUCCCUUAUUUGGGACAAGGGGUUGGUGAUGCAACAUGGUCAAGUGGAAGAGAUGCCAACGUGUUCCCCCUUGGGGGCUAUGACUACAGCAGCGUCUUUAGUGGAUUUGGAUAUGCCCAAUUUGGUUGGGAUUACAAUGGCAGCGACUAUUGGAAUAAUGCCACCCGCAAGGAUUACUAUGGCACUGAUAUGAUUUCUUCUGAUGGCUAUGGGCCGAUGAAUGGAGAGCAAGAUCGUGACACUGUGAACAGUGUUGAGCAGGGGCUGAAGGGCAUGAGUAUCACUGGAGAAAAGAAGUUGUCAGAUGGUGUUGGAAAUGAUUCUGUGCAGGCAGGUGUGAUUGAUGGAUCUAUUCAAGUCGGUCCACCUGGUUCGGCUGGGCCAUCUCCACCACAGGGGCCAAAGAAAACCUCUUGGGCCGCUGUAGCUAGCCAACCAGCUCGGCCUCAGCCGCAGAUUAAAGCACGUGCUAUGCCCCGUGCUCCCAUGACAUCAAAGUGUAUGGACAUUGGUACUUGGGAUAACAAGAACAAUAACAACAGCAAGCAGGCGAAUCAAGGGAGACAAGUAUGGAGUGCACCUCGUCGUACUAUGGCAGCUUAUAACAACAGUGCUCCAUCAGGCAACUCCAGUCCACCUUCAGCUAAUGUUGGUAAUGCAGGAUCUUUGAAUGGACCUCCAUCUUCUCCUAGUUUACCUCACCCAGUUUUGGAAAAGCUGCGAUCUGUUAAUCAAUAUAAUCCAAAAGAUUUCAAUCUGAAUCCUAAAGGGGCUCGCUUUUUUAUCAUAAAAAGUUACUCUGAGGAUGACAUUCACCGAUCAAUAAAAUAUAAUAUUUGGUGCAGCACUGAGCAUGGUAAUAAGAGACUGGAUGGGGCUUACAGAGAAAGAGAGGGCAAGGGUCCUGUAUACCUUUUCUAUAGUGUCAAUGGUAGUGGACAUUUCUGUGGUAUGGCCCAAAUGAUGUCACCUGUGGACUAUUCCACCAACAGUGGAGUAUGGGCCCAAGACAAAUGGAAAGGUCAGUUUGAAGUGAAAUGGAUUUAUGUGAAGGAUGUGCCAAAUAGUCAAUUGCGACACAUUCGCUUGGAAAACAAUGAGAAUAAGCCAGUCACCAACUCAAGGGACACUCAAGAAGUACCACCAGAAAAGGGUAAGCAGGUGCUGAAAAUCCUGCACAAUUUUCGGCACUCAACGUCCAUCUUUGAUGAUUUCGGACAUUAUGAGAAACGACAGGAGGAAGAUCUUACCAAAAAGGAGCCUGUAGCACCUUUGAAGUCAGAAGUUCCAAUGAAGAAGAAUAAUCGCCCUGAAAGGCGAGGAGCGGUCUCUACCAAUCAGCGGCAGAAAGAUUCUCAAGUAGAUUAGGCUUGAACCUAUAUCCACUAAGUCGAAAUGAGGGAGGAAAAGAAAAUAACACUUGCACACACCCACAGACAUAUAUAUGCAUACAUAUACACACACACCAAUACAUUGUACUGCAGUCAUGCUCAGAUUGACAUACACAAACAUGUGCACACACAGAAAAAGACAUUUUUUUAAAGGAAACAUCCAUAAUAUACAUGAUUGCUCAGACAUAUCACACCCACACAUGCACGCAACAAACACAACAACAACAACAAACACAUGCACCAGCAUAUGGACACACUAAAUAAAAAUUCCUUCUCUCUAAAACAGACGUUUAACAAAAAGAAACAUUUACUGACUUUAUCAUAUCUAGGGAAAAACUACAACAAUGAAAUUGGAAUAAUGGAAGAGGCAGUUUCCACACGUUGUCUAUGAUUAAUGGAAAAAAAAAACAACAACAACAACAAGAAAGAAAAAAAUAACUAAAACAAAAAAGGCUGUUUGAUUGCUCUUUAGGGUUAUGGGGGUAGUGAUCUAAAAACUUAUAUCUACGAAUAUUAUAUAUAUAUAUAUGUGUGUGUAUAUGAUAUAUAUAUAUAUGAUAUAUCUAUAUAUAUAUAAUAUAUCUUUAUAUAUAUAUAUAUAUAUUAAAAUAUAUCUAUAUAUAUAUAUACAUAUACAUAC